AUGGCGCGGGGCAAGGGCAAUCCGAGUAGAUUAGGUGCACGAAUGGGGUCUAGAAAAGGGGCGGGGUCCGCUAAGGCGGAAGAUGUGGUGACGGGUGGCCGGGGCCUAGGUGGCGGGACUCCCGAGAAAGGAACUGGUGGUGCUGGGGGAGUUAGUGAAGAAAGAAUCCAGAGCCAAGUGAGGUUAGGGAAAGUGUUCAGCUUGGGGGAGCUGUUGGAGCAGCAGCCGUUGCAGGACGCGACGGCGCUGGAAAGGGUUGGCAGGCAGAAAGUCUGCGACCUGCGGAGGGCGGACCCCGCUGGGGUUGCGCCAGGAGUGACGGUGCUGCGGCACGGGAGAAGGGGAGCGGAGCGUCUGCGCACCCCAGGGAGACCCGCGAGCUUAGGGAGGCCCGAGGAGUUAGUUCAGCGGAUCAGGGGUCUCAAGCCAAGUGAAGUGGAGAACGCGCAGGGUUUCAUAGACGGUUGGAAUCGCUUCAAGCUGCGGUUUCCACGUGGGUUCCCGGAGGAUAAGCUGUGGGUUAACUUUGUUGCAAACCACCCUGAGAGAGCAAAGUUGUUGGGAGUUACGGUCAACCCCAGGCAGCACUGGCCGUUUGUCCAGCUGCGCUGUCCCUCUCCUUGCCCGCUGUGCCACAGGCCGGAGAGAGACGAGCAGAGGAUACGGGAAGCGGUGGAACGUGCUGAGGCAGAGGAGAGAGAAGAACGUGCUAGGAAGCAGUUGUCGGCGCGGCAGCAGCAGGAAGAGCGGGCGCUCAGGGAAGCUGAAGAGCUGCGGCGCCGGGACGAGCUGACGGCGGUGCACGGGCGCCGGUUUGAGCAACGGGAGGAGGCGUUGGAGACUAAGAAGGAGUUCCGGAAGAAGGAGGAGAAGCGGCUUGCGGAGGUGCAGGAGCAGUUUGCGAAGGACGUGGAGAGAAACCCUAGGCUAGCGGAGCUGCUAGAGGCCACGCAGAGGUUCGUCGCAAGGUGGGGGCCGUACGUGGACGGACACAGCGGGGUACCAGAGGCCAAGCUUUGGCUCGCCUACGUAGCCAACGACCCGAGAGGAGCGAGCGGGUUUGGAGCAAAGGUCAGCUUAGCGGAGCACCUCCCGCAGGUGGUGAACGGGUGCUUGACCGCCUGUCGCUUGUGUGACCAGGUCCAGUCGCUGGAGACGCGUCAGCAGGUGUGGAACCAGACGCAGCAGCUGGUGGAGCAGGCGGCGAGGGCGAAGGAGCUGAGGGAAAGGGCGGUUGCAGCAGAGGCGGCCAGGGUGCAGGCGGAGUCGGCCAAGAAGAAGCGGGAGCGGAAAGCGGAGGCGAAAGCGAGGCGCAUAGCGGAACAGGGAACGGGUAGCAAGGAGAAGGAGGGCGAAGAGGCGCGCCCCGCUUGGCUGGAGGAGGAGCUCCGGGGUUACUGUGAGUGGCACUCGGUGCACGGGUGGCUGCUGGCGCUGCUGGACACACGCCUUGCGGACCAGGGACGCGAGAGCACAGAGGAGUCAGGGGUGGGCCAGGAAGGAAGGGUUGAGGCUGGGAAGGAAGUCCAGCCGGUUGUGAGGGGUGAGCAGGCCGUGGGGUGGUGGGAGGAUCCAUUUGGGGAGAUGGCAACAUGCGCGGGGGCUGAUGGGAAGCUUAGGUUCUCGGGAAAGAAAGGCGAGGGGUUGACGAUUAAGCAGUUCGAGUUAAUGGUGAAGGGGAGCUUGCUGAGCAGGUUUAAAAAGCUCCAGAAAGACGUCGGUGAGCCGAUCACGGGCCCUGAGUUCCUGGGCAACUACUGCAUCUUCCUUGGGGAGUUCCUGGACAACCCCGCCAAGCUAGCCCACGAGCGGGAGUACGAGGCGCACUGCCGGGAAACGGACCCGGUGGCAGCCCUCCUAAAGUCCCUCAAGAGGCAUUUCAAGGACCAUAAGGAGGGCAGGGCUCACGAAUGGGUGGCGUUCAGGAGGGAGCCGGGGGAGGAGCUCCCGUCGCUGCUCUUUAGGCUCCAAGGGCUAGCGCUGGACCUGGAGAAGCCCCUGGAAGACAAGGAGCUGGUGGGGAAGUUCGUGGCAAGCCUCGAUCGCCGGUUCGCGGAACAGACUAACACGCAGGCGAUGUCGUCGACGGUCGAGACAGGAGGGGCCUACACGCUGGAUGAAGCGUAUGAGGCCGCGCUGAUGGUGGCCGCCGGCAAUGCGUGCAUGAAGAUCGCCAGGGAGCUGGUGCCCAGGAGUAGCGAGGUCCCCCGCGCGUGUUGGGGAGGACGGGCAAGCGGGGCGCACUCGGCACUGCAGCUGGAGGAGCCCGUAUACGCAGCGGCGGUGGCCGCUCCCGUGGCACAGCAGGGGGGCUCGGGGGCGUGCCACAACCGCGGGGAGACCGGGCACUACAGGAACGCGUGCCCCCAUCCCCCGCAGAACAGCGCUGGGCGGGGAGGCGGACGGGCUGGACGCGGCGGCGGCGGACGCGGCCGGGGACGGGGCCCCUGUUGGGUCUGCGGUGAUCACGACCACCAGGCUGCUCAGUGCGCAAAGCACGCUGCCCCUGCCCCUCAGCCUCAGCAUGCUGCGGUGGCGGUGCGUGCCCCCCCGGCAUGUGGAGACGGGAGGGGAGUGCUGGUGUCGGGGGCAAAGUUGAGGGCGUUCCAGGAGUGGAGGGCAUCUUCUCAAGCGGCGCUGGCGACGCGGGCCGACGAGGGGGAGGAGGAGGACUUCGAGUGGGACGAGCAAGAGUACGCACUCGGGGCGGUUGCGCUCCCCGUCAGCGAAGGCACGCCAAACAACAUGGCGGCGGCAGGAACUAGGGCGGGGGCGGAAAAGGCGAAAGCCACCAGGGCAGCGAAGCGCGGACCAAGGGAGGCGGGACGGCAGGAAGCGCAGGUGAACAAGGGCGCUGUUGGGAAAGUGGGGACGGAGCAGAUCGCGCGGCCAAUGGGGGACGGGACAGAGGAGGCGCUCAGGGCAAGACGGGACAAGGGGGCGGCGAAGGAGCGGGCCGCGAAGCUGCCCGAUCAUGGGCGGUACGUCGUGCCACAGGGGCUGCACCGGCUGCCGGCGGGGUUCGCGGUCAGGGACGCGCAGGUGCCGCAGGCCGCUGGGACUACGCGCGUCAGAGCCGCAGGAAAUGCGCGCGCCAGCUCGCCCGACGUGGUUCCCAAACCCACUCAUCCCAGCUCCUUUGAGACCGUGCAGGCCCCAUACCACCUGCCAGGUAAGACAGCCCCGGCCCCUUUCCAAAACCAAGGCCGUGGGCAAUCCCAAACCUUGCAGGGCCUGGUAGCGCCUGGCGCGGGGGUCCUGCCACAGCCGGUGCUGACCGGGGGGGUCCACCUCGACGUGGGAACGUUCCUAGAGCUGGCCCAGCGCGCGGACAUGAGCAUGGCGGACGUGGUGGCGCUGACUCGUGGGCAGAAGGCGGGCGUGGCGCCGCCGCAGGCCCAGGUCACCGCCGGUUCAGGCAACGGGCGCAGCCUGUCACCAGCGGCGCUCAGGGCCCAGGAGGCAAGGGAGCGGAGCGCCGGCGCGGCGCAGCAGAGCGAGGGGCAGACGCCGGGGGGGGCUGGGGCCAAGGAGAUCUCAGGACCCAUGGCCCAGUGGGUGGCCAUUCUGGAGGACUCAGUCAGGCGGGCACCAGAGCCGGCGGGGGUGGCGGUGGGAGCGCCCAGCGGGUCCAUGGAAGGGGCAGAUGACGAGGGAUAUGCAGACGCGGUGGUGUGGGCAGACGUCCCGGUUGAAGAGGCUCCUGAGAGCUCGGCGAUGGGGGAAGGUCGGGGGCGGGCCAGACAGCGGGGGCAGUCAGACAAGGCAAUGGCAGAGGCACGGCAAGAGGAGGAACUGAGGGCCCACGCAGAGGAGCGGAGCAUCAAGGACAGGGUAUCCAGGCAGGACGCUGCGCUGGCAAGGAAGCUGGUGACAGGUGAAGCGAUGGCCAAGGGGAUUGACCCCAGCGCAGCGGUCGAGGCCCAGGCAGCGUUGGGGGGAGAGCGUGGGGAAGCGGAAAAGGGGAAGGAGAAAGAGGGGGACAGGGGCAGUAGGGCAAGCUUGGAGGAGGCGCUGGGUUGGGAGAAGCGGGUAGCUGGCGGGGCGAAGAAAGGCAGCACGCCGCUGGCGCCUGUCACAUUUCAGCCGCACAGAGCCACGGGGCAUAGUAAGGAAUUGGAGGCGGAUGCCUACGCGCACGCGGCGAUAAUGGCGUGCUUCGCCGACGGGCGCCCGCUGGUGGAGGCUGGGAGGCGGUCGCAAGUUGAAGGGGUUCCAGACUGGGUGGACAACAGCAAGGGAGCGGUGCGAGUGGCGGCGCCCCAGGGACUGGUGACACCGCAGCGGGUGCUCUUGGACGGCGGGAGUUAUUACACGAUGGUGGGAGCCAGGCUCAAGGAGCAGCUCGGGCUCGGGGAUGCGGAUAUGGACGCGGGGGGCCAGAAAGUCCACACAGCGACGGGUAAAGUGGAGUCCCUGCAAGGCGGACUGACAAAAGAACCGGUGCCGAUCAUCCUCAAUGCAAACACGCCGGAGGAGUUGACAAUCUGCGAAAAGGUGGCUUUCACGGGGUCAACAGGGUAUGACCUCUUGAUCGGCAUACGGGCGGCGUACCCGUCUGGUCUCUUGGUGGACAGGUGGGCAGAGACGGCAGUCUACAGGGCGGACUGGCAAAGGCAGGGCGUGGUGGUGGGGAAGUUGCCGAUGAAGCUGCAUCAAGAGCUGGGGGCGGCAUGGACAACGGACGCGGGGGGGGCUGGGCCAGGGAGCGAGGAGGACACAGGGGACGGGCCCAGCUCCCCAACUGGUGGGAAGGAGGGUGGGGGGACCCUCAGGCAGGAGCGGAUGAGACGGUGGAGGGGGAAAAGAUGGCCGCGGGGGCCGGUGCUGGACGUGGCAGCAGAGGCGGAGAGGGCGGUCUGGCAGGCAGUGGGGGAGAAGCGCAAGAAACCAGGGGAUCCAAAACAGGUCCCCUUGCCGCAGCUGGAGGGGUGCAGGCCAAUCAACUGGAACGUCGCCGCCCCACUCCCAGCAGACAGGCCCCUCCGAAUCUUAGAGCUGUUCGCCGGGGCUGGCGCUGCUACGCAAGCUGUAGCGCGGCUGGGGUAUUCUGUUGGGGAAGUCAUCGCGUGCGAAAGGAGGGGAGCAGCACGGCAGGCCCACUCCAGGGCGCUGCAGCGCCUCGCGAAGGAGUUCCCAAACCAGGUCAGCCAGCGGGCGGGGGCGCAGCUUCACCAUCGCCUUCCACAAGACGUGCAGCUGGUGACGGCGGCGCACCCUGGGGCCCAUCGACCUGGUGGUCGCGGGUUGGCCAUGCCAGCGCGGCAGGUGGCGGGGGUGGUUUGGACGACGCCAAGUCAGGACUGUUCGUCGAGCUCCUGCGAGUCCUGGGUAUACUGCAAGGGCUGCACAGGAAAUGGGGACGAAGCCUCGGGUACGUGGUUGAACACGUGGCAGCGGGGUUCGACCGCAGGCCAAAGGUGCGGGAUCACUACGCAGCUGUGCGGGGGCUGUUAG